AUGGUCAAAAACAUAUUAAUCCUUGUUAGUUUAAUGAUUGCCAGCAAAUGUUAUGCGACUGAUACUGGAAAUACUGUCGAUGCUAAAGCUAUUUAUAAUGCUAUCAAACAGAGUCCAACAGAAAUAAAACAAGAAGGAACUGGUUAUAGGCAACUAUCAAAGUUAAUUCCAGGUGUUGUUAAUUGUCGCUUAACACUCCUCGGUUGGGAUGUUUAUGAUUGCUCAUUUGGAUCUACACACCAAGGAUUUAGUUUGAUUGAUCAAGCAUACGAUAUGUUAGAUGUAGAAGAAAUAUUAAUUAAAAGUGAUCAAGAAGGAAAAUGGUACAAAAAAUACGUUGGUGGACUUACAUGCGUUAAAUUAAUAUUCGAAAAACCGAUAUUUGCCAUUGACGUCUUCUAUUACUCAAAAUCAGGCUGUCAAAUUAAGCUUCACAUGGGAAAUAUUGACUUUGAGCAUCUUCCCCUCUAA